UGCACAGUCCGGUGAGUCACCGUCCGCACUGGAAUACACAGAGAGAGAGAGAGAGAGAGAGAGAGUGGCGGAUAACGAACGGGAAAGAACUGGAGCUGCGAGCAUGGCGGUCGAAGAGGAAGGUCUUCGGGUUUUGCAGAGUGUCAAAAUAAAAAUCGGUGAAGCAAAGAACAUCCCUCCAUAUCCGGGUCCGAAUAAAAUGCGGGAUUGUUACUGCACAGUCAACCUGGACCAGGAGGAAGUGUUUCGAACCAAAACCAUAGAGAAGUCUUUAUGUCCGUUCUACGGCGAGGACUUUUAUUGUGAAAUCCCACGCAGUUUCCGCCAUCUGUCCUUUUACAUCUUUGACAGAGACGUGUUCAGGAGGGACUCCAGCAUCG